AUGGAAGCCGAAAGUCUCGACCGGCGGCGGACGCGUGCAAAGAAGGCGUGUCUAGCAUGUAACUCCCGUCGCGUGCGCUGCAAUGUGCUUGACAUGCAGCCUUGCCAAAAUUGCGUCUCAUGGAAUCUCUCAUGUGAAAUUGGAGAAUCCAGGCGCGGGAAAUAUCCCCGCCGCAAGAAAAAGGGAUCGGCUCGAUCAGCUACGCCAACUCACAGCGCAGCAAAAAGCCCUGAUGUCCAAAUGACCCACAAACAGUUUCCAUUGAUCCAACGCUCAAAUUAUCCGCUUUCUCACCAGGUUACAACAGAUGAUCCCAUUCAGAAAACCGUCUUUCUUGGCGAAUCCAGCCCUCUCACUUGCGUUGUGGAUGAAGGUCGUCGAUCCCCAGACAAAGGCUAUGCUCGCACCAUUCAAAAAGCAAGACUUCAUUACUCAAUUUCCGAGAUUAACAGCACACCUGGGAGUAGCGCCGAUUCGCUUGCCCCUCGUCGUAAGCUACUUCAUGAUCGCCUUACCCGCGAAGGGGCUUUGAUAUUCCCAGCACCUGCUAUCUGUAACACACUUCUUCAAGCUUACUUUGAUUGGCUGCAUCCGUGUUUCCCGAUCUUAGACAGAGCAUCUGUGCAACAGGGGUACCAAGAUGGGACACUGUCACCCUUGUUGCUGCAGUCCAUGCUGUUCAUUGGAGUGAGCCUAUGUUCGGAUACAGCCUUGGAAUCUGCUGGUUUUCGUGAUAGGUAUAGAGCAAAAGGCGAGUUUUACGAAAGGACAAAAGAUAUAUACGAUUCAGGAUGGGAAACCGAUACGAUUAUCCGAUUGCAAUCGCUUUUUCUGUUGAGUUUUUGGCGUGGAACUCCGACCGAAGAACGAGAUGUCCGGUUCUGGCUUGGUGCUGCGAUUGGGCUAGCGCAGAAGAAAGGGAUGCACGUCAUGUCCAAAUUGUCAUUCUUAAAUGCAAAAGACCAGAAAGUUUGGAAAAGAGUUUGGUGGGCUCUAUAUGUUCGGGAUCAACAAACAUCUGCAGCGCUAGGACUACCGCCCCGGAUACGUGAUGAAGAUUGUCAAACAGCCGAACUUGAAGCCUCGGACUUUGAGGAUAGUGAGCCUAUUGAGCAAUCCGAAAUAUUUCGAGCACCCCCGAAAGUUCAUAUUCCGUAUGUGAUAGGAUUGGCUCAGCUGGCAAGAUUAUUACGAGAAAUUGUCUCCAGCCAAUAUUUACCUGGCCAUUCAAAGUUGGAUAAUCCAGCUAGGCCGAUGCUUCAUCAACGGUUGGUUGAAUGGGAGUCUAACCUUCCAAUGGAAUUGCAGUUUCAAACUCCCAUGGAUAGGGAAGUCAUGUUUCUUGUUGGCAUGCUCCAUAUGGCCUAUAACAAUCUGUAUAUACUUCUGUAUAGACCACUUUUCCUGCAGCCCCCAGGACGAUCGUCAAGCGCAGAGGGUAAUAUGGCAUUGGAUGCUGCAACAAGAAGCACGCGUGUUCUCGAAGAUAUGCUAUCGGAGAACCUAGUCCAACAUGGGUCGCUUCAUCUAAUAACGCACACUUUUUCGGCUUUGUGCAUUCAUACCAUUCACUUCGGGCGGGUUACUGGCACGGCCCGCAAGCUGGCAGAGCAUCGAGCUAAGCUUUGCCUUCUUGGAUUAAAAGAACUACAGAAGUCUUGGGAUUUAGAGAACUGGGUCCUUGAUCUAUUCUUUUGCUGUUUAGAUGACCGUACAGCCCGCGAUCUUCGACUGGCGGACGUCACAGUUCCACCAUCUACGUCACGCGUUGACGCUACCCCAAACCCAGCAGAAACCUCCCUUGCUACGCCAACCAGUGGCCUAUACGGACUGCUGUCGCCCAAUUCACAGAAAGCCUUGUUGGCAGAUACAAAUCGAGUGCCAUUCCAAGACCCAGCAGAAGAUGCUGCAAUAAAUAUGGAUUGGUAUGAGCUGCUGAACAUGGAGGGGGAUGAUGUGAUGGGGAUGGCGGGCUCUUUGUCAAACCCGGAUCACUUGAACCCGCAGAACCUCGAGUUCCUCUACCGAUUUCUAUAG